GACGAUCGGCGUCCCACAGACACAGCGGAUCACCGAUCCACGGAAAGAGCCAAAGAUGUUGGCUCGGUCAUGUGAUCAGCUUUGUCCAAUCACAGCUGAUCACAUCAGUGCCACCUGUCUGUGUCCAUCAGUGCCAGCUCUCAGUGCUCAGCCAUGCCACCUGCCAGUGCCCAUCAGUGCCACAUUUCAGUGCCUACCAGUGCACAUCAAUGCCACAUAUCAGUGCCCAUCUGAGCUGCCUUUCAGUGUCACCCAUCAGUGCCAGUCAGUGCCACCUAUCAAUGCCAAUUAGUGCCACCUAUCAGUACUGCCAAUCAGUGCCAGUCAGUGCUGCCUAUCAGUGCCAGUCAGUGCCACCUAUCAGUGUGCAUCAGUGCCGCCUAUCAGUGCCCGUCAGUGCUGCCUAUCAGUGCCGCCUAUCAGUGUGCAUCAGUGCC